GCAAGACAUGGAUUUGUUUACCGGAGUACUUACUGAGCUCCCUGUGACAGCAGGUACAGGUGGUCCCACCUUGGAAUGUAUCCUCGGUGAGCAGUUCAUGCGUCUGAAGUUUGGGGACCGGUUCUGGUACCAGGGAUCUGAUGUAGGCCUUAAUGGAGAUCAACAGUCGGCAAUUAGAAAUCACACACUAUCCAGGAUAAUGUGCGAUAACUUCGACUUUAAUGAGGUGCAAUACCCGAGUGCCUUUAUGGCCGGGGACCCUGCUUCAUGUCGCGGUAUUCCCCAAUUAAACAUAGACGUUUUCAAACCAGCUACAACCGCCACGACCACCACAACUACAACCACAACUGCACCACCGGCAACAAACCGCCCAACACAGCGUCCACCCAACAAUCGCCCACCCCCAGGCGGAGGAAGACGACCCGGGAGAACAUUCGACGAUGCUCUAGCUCAGUUGUUACGCGAAUUGGAAGAAAUGAACGAACAAGAUUAGGGGAAAUAAACGAAUUAAUGAUUUAAAACGAAAUUAGAAAAAAAUCAAGCAAAUGAACGACCAGAUGGGAACUUUUGUACGUAACAUAAUUAUUCCCCUUGGUGAAAUAAGCUUUCCGUGAUUAUAGAUGAUUGUUUUAAUAAUAAAAUGCGCUGUAAUUGCGAUAUUUUAGAUUUUCUGAAUUUGAUACAUUUUUGAGGAAUGAUUAAGAGCUCCACUAAGGAAAUUCAGUCAUUGGUCCAUGCUUUUUAAUUACGUUUUUAGAGGUUUUUUUUAUUUAUCUGAAUAGUUUUGAUAUUUUUAAUGAAUCUAAUUUUGUAAUGUGUAAUGUUGGAAUGGUUUUGAUGAUAUGCUAGCAAACAUGUUAAUCAAUGUAAUUUUUUUUUUAUUAAAUUUUUACAGCAUUUCUGCUGAAAUUAUGUAUAACAUAUAUGUUUAUGAUGUCAGAAGAUGAUUCUUAUAUCAAUAAUUAUAAUGAUUAUGAAGAUGUUUAUAAUAAAGCUGCAUCACUUAUUCUUCCUCUCCUCUCAAUAUUUCUUGCUGUUGCAACCGUUGAUUUUUCGUAUUAUUGGUGGCUAUAUUUCUGCCCAAAAAAUAAUGAAAAAAAUGUUUGUACGUGAAGAAAAACAUUAAUUUUUGCGUGCACAGACUGCUUAAACCGACACCUAUUGCCUUAAACGUAUGUCAAGUGGUAUUUUGUUUUACACACUAAAAUGUUAAAUCAUUGACUUUGCACUUGAUUUAAUAGAAUGAUGCCUUAACCAUAUAUAACCAGCCGUUUUGGAAAUUGUAAAUAGAUUAUAAAAAAUAAAAAUAAAAUACAAUAAUUUUAGGACUUAAUGAACCUGUAAGCUCUACAUGUAUAUGUUUUAUACGGUUCCUCAUUGCUAUUCAAACAUUUUGUCAGAUCUAUACGACGCCAAAUUUCUCGCAGCGGUUACUUCCCUGGAUAGUACAGUAACUGCCGAAGAAAGAAGGGGAGAUCACUGCGUGGAGCUUCAUACGGUGCUACACUGCCGUUUUAACAUUACUAAUGCUGUACAUUGCUUUUUAAAAAAUACGCUCACUGUAUACGGUGCUACAUUGCAUUUGACAUUUUGAAUAAAACAUCAACUGUAUACGGUGCUUGUCUUCCGUUCAAAGACUACGUGAGCUGUAUACGGUGCUACACAGCUCCUCAAAAAUAUUUAGCUCAGACAAUCGAAAUUCAUAAUGUGGCUGACAAAACUU